AUGAUGGAGAAGAAGGAUCAACGACAAAGUUUGAAGCCAGUGGCAUUCAUCUCGAUCGUUUUCAGUACAUUUGCUAUCAGUUCUGUACUCAUUACGUUCCCUUUAAUUGUUAAUUACAUCCAAACACUCGAAUCGUCCGUUCAAAUCGAUUUGGACUACUGCAAGGUAAGAGCACGUGAUAUGUGGAAGGAGAUGUUGAAUAUAGAAACAGAAGGAAAGAGUAACGUUGGUAAGCUGGCAGAUAUAGUGAUGGCACAUCGAGAGUUGCAUAAACGUGAUACAAUUGCCGACUUUUGGGCGAGAAGGCUUCAUGAUCAGGAGUUAAGAGAUGAUCCAUACUAUUCGAGUAAAGUGGAAGGUGGCUGUUGCACAUGUCAACGGGGGGCACCCGGUCCAGCAGGUCCACCAGGACGUGAUGGCGCUGAUGGAAUCGAUGGUGAAAUGGGUCCUAUGGGUCCACCUGGACCAGCCGCACAACAAAUAUUCGAUCCAUUAACGAUGUUCCCACCACAAUGUCCAUGUGAAGCACCUGCCGGAGAACCUGGGCCCAAGGGUCCGAGAGGGCCAGACGGACCACCAGGACCUCCAGGACUACCCGGUGAGGAUGGAAAACCAGGAGAUCAAGGACCGCGUGGCCCGCCCGGUUUGCCAGGACCUCAAGGACCGGCCGGAAGGGCCGGACCGCCCGGUGAACCCGGAAUGUUGCGCACAGAGGUUGGACCAUCAGGACGUCCUGGACUUCCCGGUAGACCCGGUAUUCCAGGCGAACCAGGACCACCAGGUCCAAACGGUGAAGAUGGUAGGCCUGGGCCAGAAGGACCGGCUGGUCCACCAGGACCUCCAGGACAACCCGGUCAAAGUGGACCUAUUGGUGAACCAGGACAAGCCGGAGAACCAGGCAAGUACAUUGAGAAAGAACUGUUUUUACUAUAA